UACGUGACGUCGUUUCCUCUCUCCAACAUGGCGCAGGAGGCAGAUCGUUAAUGGAAAUCUGAGGGAUUUACCCCACCUUCUGUGUUUAUUUAUGUUUGUCUGUUAGGGGCUCUGCGGCUGACAUUUGUAAAGGAAUACAUCUCUAUUCGAGGCGGCUGCAGCCCCCCUUGGGACCAGGCACACCUCGCCCCAAAUUCCGGUGCGACAUGUUUGAGGGCAAAAAGACGAAAAACAUGUUCCUUACACGAGCUUUGGAAAAGAUCCUGGCCGACAAGGAGGUGAAAAAGGCUCACCAUUCGCAACUGCGCAAAGCCUGCGAGGUGGCACUUGAGGAAAUCAAAGAGGAAUCAGAAAAAUUAAGUCCGCCCAGUGGAGAUGGCAAAUCGGGUUCCAGCACUUUACCGCCAAUCAAAUCAAAGACCAACUUCAUUGAAGCCGACAAGUACUUCUUGCCGUUUGAGCUGGCUUGUCAGUCCAAAUGUCCCCGCAUCGUCAUCACCUCGCUCGACUGUUUACAGAAGCUGAUUGCGUACGGCCACCUGACAGGCAGUGCCCCGGACAGCACAGCCCCGGGCAAGAAGCUCAUCGACAGGAUCAUCGAGACCAUCUGCGCUUGUUUCCAAGGGCCGCAGACUGAUGAGGGCGUGCAGCUACAGAUUAUUAAGGCUUUGUUGACAGCAGUGACCUCCCAGCACAUAGAAAUCCACGAGGGCACUGUCCUGCAGGCCGUCCGUACGUGUUACAACAUCUACCUGGCCAGCAAAAACCUCAUCAACCAGACCACGGCCAAGGCCACACUCACACAGAUGCUCAACGUCAUCUUCGCCCGCAUGGAGAACCAAGCACUUACAAAUCACAAGCUAUCUUGGUCUCUGGCCUCCAGAAAGCGUGACCGCCAGCUGCAGGAAGCGAAGCAGCUGGAGAGAGAGCGGCACCGGCAGCACUCCCCGGUUACCCAGCACACCGAGCCAGACUCCCCCCAGCUCCAGGCUCACAUCCACCCGCCGGCCAAGGGUCUGUCCCAGGAGGCCAACGGGCCCGUCACCCCUCCAACUCCCAGCAUUACCAUCCCAUCCACCCCGUCCACCCCCUCGACACCCGCCCCGGAGAGCAGCAGCAGGUCUGUGUCUGGGGAGCAGGAGGAGCAGCGGGAGCAAGAGGAGCAGGGAGAGCAGGGGGCUGUCUACGAGAGCCCAGAUCCAGAAAAUGGUUCGGAUUUCUGCGUGGCUGAAAAUGAACAGACUGAGGCAGAUCAAGCCACAGCAGCAGCACAGAAUGCAGCAGCCCAGCAGCAUACAGAGGCAGGUGAGGAGGAGGACGAGGAGACCCCGAACUAUGAGGAGAAAGCCCAGGAAAUCGUUCAGAGUAUUCUACAGGAGGUGGUCAACACUGUUGCAGGAGGGCACUGCUUGGACCCCACAAACCUUUGCUCCGACACCAAGGAGCCUGGCGGCGAAGGGGAGCCGGCAGAGUCGGAGCCGGCUGAGGCAGUAACAGAAGGCACUCAGAGCUCCCUGGAGGACGAGGGCACCCUGGGUAGCGACAGCGAGCACGUCCAUGCCAACGGCAUUCCCGGCACGCCUAUUUCUGCCAGCUUCACCCCCUCGCUGCCUGAUGACAGGCUGUCUCUCUCGUCCAAUGACACUCAGGAGUCAGGAGCAGCGCCGGGCCAGCCGCCAGGUGCAAAAUUCUCCCACAUCCUCCAGAAAGAUGCAUUCCUUGUCUUUCGCUCCCUCUGCAAGCUGUCAAUGAAACCGCUGUCAGAUGGACCACCUGAUCCCAAGUCCCAUGAGCUGCGAUCGAAGGUCUUGUCCCUCCAGCUGCUCCUCUCCAUCCUGCAGAACGCUGGGCCCAUCUUCAAGACUAACGAGAUGUUCAUCAACGCCAUCAAGCAGUACCUGUGUGUGGCCCUGUCCAAGAACGGCGUCUCCUCCGUGCCUGAGGUCUUCGAACUCUCGCUCUCCAUCUUCCUCACUCUGCUCUCCCACUUCAAGACGCACCUCAAGAUGCAAAUCGAGGUGUUCUUCAAGGAGAUUUUCCUGUAUAUUCUUGAGACGUCCACAAGCUCCUAUGACCACAAGUGGAUGGUCAUACAGACCCUCACUAGAAUAUGCGCAGAUGCCCAGAGUGUGGUGGACAUCUACGUCAACUAUGAUUGUGACUUGAAUGCUGCUAACAUAUUUGAGCGGUUGGUCAAUGACCUGUCGAAAAUCGCGCAGGGUCGCGGAGGCCAUGAGCUCGGCACAACACCCCUACAGGAGCUGACCCUGAGAAAGAAAGGCCUUGAAUGUCUAGUGUCCAUCCUGAAGUGUAUGGUCGAAUGGAGUAAAGACCAAUACGUCAACCCCAACUCUCAGACCAGCCUUGGUCAGGAGAAACCGUCAGAACAGGAGAGCACAGAGACCAAGGCCCCAGAGACUAUAAACCGCUAUGGGAGCAUUAACUCUCUGGACUCAACGGCCUCGUCUGGCAUCGGCAGCUACAGCACCCAGAUGUCAGGCACUGACAACCCCGAGCAGUUUGAGGUCCUCAAACAGCAGAAGGAAAUCAUCGAGCAAGGCAUUGACCUGUUCAACAAGAAACCAAAGAGAGGAAUCCAGUACCUUCAAGAGCAAGGCAUGCUGGGUACAACCCCAGAGGAUCUUGCUCAGUUCUUGCACCAGGAAGAGAGGCUUGAUUCGACUCAAGUGGGAGAAUUCCUCGGGGAUAAUGACCGUUUCAAUAAAGAGGUGAUGUAUGCCUACGUGGAUCAAAUGGACUUCCAGGGCAAAGACUUUGUUUCUGCAUUACGCAUGUUCCUGGAGGGCUUUCGGCUCCCCGGGGAGGCCCAGAAGAUUGACCGGCUCAUGGAGAAAUUUGCAGCGAGAUAUCUGGAAUGCAAUCAGGGGCAAACCCUCUUCGCCAGCGCUGACACCGCAUACGUCCUUGCUUACUCAAUCAUUAUGUUGACAACAGACCUUCACAGUCCACAGGUGAAGAAUAAAAUGACAAAAGAGCAAUACAUCAAGAUGAACCGCGGCAUAAAUGACAGCAAAGAUCUGCCUGAGGAAUAUCUCUCUGCCAUCUACGACGAGAUUGCGGGGAAAAAGAUCGCCAUGAAGGAGACGAAGGAGCUCACUAUGAAAUCCAACAAGCAGAGUGUGGCCAGCGAGAAGCAGAGGCGUCUUCUGUACAACGUGGAGAUGGAGCAGAUGGCCAAGACGGCCAAAGCUCUGAUGGAGGCCGUCAGCCACGUCCAGGCUCCUUUUACCAGCGCCACACAUCUGGAGCACGUCAGGCCCAUGUUCAAGCUGGCAUGGACACCCUUCCUGGCAGCCUUCAGUGUGGGUCUUCAGGACUGCGAUGACACCGAGGUGGCCUCACUGUGUCUGGAGGGCAUCCGCUGUGCCAUCAGGAUAGCAUGCAUCUUCUGCAUACAGUUGGAGAGGGAUGCGUAUGUGCAGGCGCUGGCGAGGUUCACCCUGCUCACAGCCAGCUCUGGCAUCUCAGAAAUGAAGCAGAAGAACAUUGACACCAUAAAGACCCUCAUCACUGUGGCCCACACCGAUGGCAACUACCUGGGCAACUCCUGGCAUGAGAUCAUGAAGUGCAUCAGUCAGCUGGAACUGGCUCAGCUGAUCGGCACAGGAGUGAAGGCACGCUACAUCUCAGGGACGGUGCGCGGCAAAGAGGGCUUCAUAACAAGUACAAAGGAGCAGAGCAAUGAUGAAUACCUGGGUCUAGUUGGAGGGACAGUGGACCGUAAGCAGAUCGCCAGCAUUCAGGAGUCCAUCGGAGAGACCAGCUCGCAGAGUGUGGUGGUGGCUGUGGACAGGAUAUUCACCGGCUCCACCAGACUGGAUGGUAACGCAAUAGUUGAUUUUGUGCGCUGGCUGUGUGCUGUGUCCAUGGAUGAGCUGGCCUCGCCCACACACCCACGCAUGUUCAGCCUGCAAAAAAUAGUCGAGAUCUCCUACUACAACAUGGGCCGCAUCAGGCUGCAGUGGUCCAGGAUCUGGGAGGUUAUUGGAGACCACUUUAACAAGGUUGGCUGUAAUACAAAUGAAGAUGUGGCAAUUUUCGCGGUGGACUCUCUCAGGCAACUGUCCAUGAAAUUUUUGGAGAAAGGGGAGCUGGCAAACUUCAGAUUCCAGAAAGACUUUCUGAGGCCUUUUGAGCACAUCAUGAAAAAGAACAGGUCUCCCACCAUCAGAGACAUGGUGGUGCGCUGUAUAGCACAGAUGGUUAACUCCCAGGCAGCGAACAUCCGCUCAGGCUGGAAGAACAUCUUCUCUGUCUUCCACCUGGCUGCUUCUGACCAGGAUGAGAGCAUUGUAGAGCUGGCCUUCCAGACCACCGGCCAUAUCGUCACGAAUGUAUUUGAAAAGCACUUUGCAGCCACCAUCGACUCCUUCCAGGACGCUGUUAAGUGUCUGUCCGAGUUUGCCUGUAAUGCCUCCUUCCCAGACACCAGCAUGGAAGCCAUCCGCCUCAUCCGACACUGCGCCAAAUACGUCUCAGAGAGGCCACAGGCCUUCAAAGACUACACCAGUGAUGACAUGAAUGUAGCGCCUGAGGACCGCGUGUGGGUGCGGGGGUGGUUCCCCAUUCUCUUCGAGCUCUCCUGCAUUAUCAACAGGUGUAAGCUGGAUGUCAGGACCAGGGGCCUGACAGUGAUGUUUGAAGUGAUGAAGACCUACGGACACACCUUUGAGAAACACUGGUGGCAAGACCUGUUCAGGAUUGUCUUCAGGAUCUUUGACAACAUGAAGCUGCCUGAGCAACAGACUGAGAAAGCAGAGUGGAUGACCACCACCUGCAACCAUGCACUUUACGCCAUCUGUGAUGUCUUCACCCAAUACUUUGAGUCCCUCAGUGACGUCCUGCUGGAUGACAUUCUGGCUCAGCUCUACUGGUGUGUGCAGCAAGAUAAUGAGCAGCUCGCCCGUUCAGGCACCAACUGUCUAGAGAAUGUGGUCAUCCUGAAUGGAGAGAAGUUCUCCCCGGAGAUCUGGGACAAGACGUGCAACUGCAUGCUGGACAUCUUCAAGACCACCAUCCCACACGCGCUGUUAACAUGGAGACCAGCAGGAGCAGAGGGAGAAUACUUGACAACACAGAGCCUGUCAGACAAACAGCUGGAUUCCAUCUCCCAGAAGUCAGUGGACAUUCAGUCCCGCUCUGACGACCAGCAUUCCAUCAGCAGUGCUGAUAGGGUUGCCAUGGAGAACCGUCGGCAGAGUCAGUACAGCUCCGCCUCAGGCAUGUGUGAGGACGGCUCUAGGAACAGGACCCCAAUAAAGGUUCAGGAGCAGCGCCUAUUCACUGCUUUGCUGAUAAAGUGCGUCGUGCAGCUGGAGCUGAUCCAGACUAUCGAUAACAUCGUGUUUUUCCCCGCCACCAGUAAGAAGGAAGAUGCUGAGAACUUUGCUGCUGCUCAGCGGGAUGCCUCGUAUGCAGCAGACGUCCCAGUGGAGACCCAGGACCAGGGCAUGUAUCGCUACUUGACCUCAGAACAGCUCUUCAAGCUGCUGGACUGCCUGCUGGAGUCACACAGCUUCGCCAAGGCUUUCAACUCCAACAAUGAGCAGAGGACUUUACUGUGGAAAGCAGGUUUCAAAGGAAAGUCGAAGCCCAACCUGUUGAAGCAGGAAACCAGCAGCCUGGCGUGUGGCCUGCGCAUCCUGUUCCGCAUGUACACAGACGAGAGUCGCCAAGACGCCUGGGAGGAGGUACAGAGACGACUGCUCAAUGUGUGCAGUGAGGCUGUAGCGUACUUCUUGGCUCUGACCUCAGAGAGCCACAGAGAGGCCUGGACCAACCUGCUGCUGCUCUUCCUCACCAAGGUGCUAAAGAUCAGCGAUGAAAGGUUCAAGGCACAUGCGUCCAGAUACUACCCUCUGCUGUGUGAGAUCAUGCAGUUCGACCUGAUCCCCGAGCUGCGGGCUGUUCUCAGAAAGUUCUACUUGCGCAUCGGCCUCGUUUUUCACAUCGCACAGCUGCCUGAGCCCGAACCAGAACCUCAGCCGGCACCCGUCGAGCAGGAGGCGGACACAGAGGUGGGGGAGGAGGCUGGGGAGGAGGCUCAGUGAUGCUGCACCACCAACAGCCUGGAACGCAGAGCUCUACUGAGGCCUCCACCUUGGAUCUGUGCAACUGUGCUGUGGCUCUGCAUCACCUCAGGGCCCUUCACGUGGUUUAUGCCUGACUUAAAACAGCUGAUUAUCAAUCGGCUAUCUGCUACCACCCACCUGCACCCUUAACCCUGUCACCACACACACGCACACGCACACACACACACACACACACACACACACACACAGACACGCCUACACACACACACAAACAGCCCAGACAGAGUACUUGAUAUCACAAUGAAAACAGUAAUGUCUUGUACAAGGUGUAGCGAUGCCUCCACUGGAUAAAACUACUGAUUAACAACUGACAGUUAUCCAUAUCUCUGAUCUGCUCAGAAGGAAUAUAUUUCAAACAAUGUGUGCUUCUUACUGUAUAUUUAAAAAGUAAAGAAUGAAUGGUUUCAACAACAUGCAAAAAGACAUAUUUAGUAACUAUGAAAUGUGACAUUUGUCACACAUUGAUAGUAACGAUCUUUCUGUCUGCACCGCAGAUGGCUAACAUUAGUAUUGAUAGCCUCUUGGAUGAAACUAGUUGUACAGAUCUGCCGCUAUGUAAUAUAAUCUUAUAACACUAGAUUUCAUUUAUUUUUGUUUAUUGUUUUUCCUCCUCUGGAUUUGCUGCACUUGAUCUCUUUUUUGAAUGCACUGGAGAUUUUACUUUUGUGAUAAUUUAUUUGACUGUACCAUCUCCUGCAGAUUGUCCUACACAGUAUGAUUUGUAAUGGAACACGACCGUGGAAAGUGAAGGGUUAAAUUAUUCCAUUUUAUAUGUUCUUAGGUUUUUAUUGGAGGUAGGUGAUAACAGGGCAUCUGAAACUGGAAGAUAAGAGAGCAACCUGAUGCUAGCUGCUUUUGACUCACUAGUCUGUUUUCAUGUUUGAGUUUAGUUUUCACUCUUGUGUACAAAAUCAAAAGUUAAUAAUAUAUUUAAUGUUUUGUUUUUUUCCUUUGGUUUGGGGGAAAGGUAUAUGUAUAGAGAAAAUGACAAAUGUUAGCUGUGCUUUAAGUAUGAAUGGGAUGCAUUCCUGCUCAUGGAUGUAGAAAACAAAAUGUAUAUGAUACAGCAAUGUAAAGUUUUCUAUGUUGCAAAAAAGAUUAUGUACAACUUUCUGUACAAUACAUCAUCUGGCAUUCUAAUCAGGUUCUAGGUCAAUAAAGUUUUUGAACUUGGUUGAUUUGAAA